AUGCCAGAGAUAGUAAUAACUGAGGACGAUGAUUUAGCCUUGCAGGCUCUGAGAGGUAGCCACUUUGCAUGUCCAUGGCUAUCCCACGGUUCAGCUUGCCGGCCGAGGGGUGGACAGAGCAUCGAGGCAUGUCAUGGAAAUAAGAAUCUUAGUCAAGCCAUGUGUUUGAAAUUUGGCUGCUGCUAUUUCCAAGGAGAAAAUGAUAAGAUAACAUGCCACACUCCUUUAGUAGAUGUCAUUCAGCUGACCCUUCGCUUGUUUAUCUUUGGGAUUGUCUGCUUGAUUCUACUGGCCUGCAUUCCUGUCUGUUGCUGCGUCAGUUGCCAAGAAAGCAAGCUCACUAACAAAUUACGAGGCAACUCGGAGGUCACCAAGAUCCUGCUUAGUCAGAAUGACACCCUGGAAAACAUCGAUGAUGUGAUCGAGAGCUUAAUACCGAAAGAUGAAAAGAGAAAGAUGAAGAAGAAAAAGAAGAAAAAGGGAAUGGCCUCUCACAGAAUCAAGAGAUCCAAGAGGACGUCAGGCUCAAGUUUCCUGACUGGAAGAUCCCUUUUGUCCUAAUUUUUGAUAUAGUA